AUGGGAAAGAGAGUGAAGCAUCACGUGGAAUCCCACGCUGGUGGUCGGAAUAAAAGAAAGAGACAGGAAAAGAAGUCGCCGCAGGAAGAAAUUGAGCAGGUCGAGAAGAAGAGGAAGACCGACGACCGUGGUUUCAUGGAGACAGAGUCCUUUGCUGUUCUCGAUUUAUCGGAGCCAACGAUAAACGCCAUUAAGGACAUGGGUCAUCAGUACAUGACUCAGAUCCAAGCACAAGCAAUUCCACCACUUUUACUCGGCAAGGAUGUUCUUGGAGCUGCAAGGACUGGAUCGGGGAAAACGCUGUCCUUUUUGAUACCGGCUGUUGAGUUGUUGCAUCAACUACGUUUUAAGCCGUGCAAUGGAACUGGCGUUAUAGUCAUUUGCCCGACUAGGGAAUUGGCCAAACAGAUUCAUAGGGAAACAGAAAGGCUUCUCAAGUAUCACUCUCAGACGCUAGGCUUGGUAAUCGGUGGCGUGUCCAUAACGCAAGAAGCGAAUCAUUUGGUCAAAGGAUGCCUUGUCCUUGACGAAGCUGACAGGAUUCUGGAGGAAAAUUUCGAGAAAGAAAUUAAUCAAAUCAUUUCUAUUUUGCCAAAGCAAAGGCAAACAGCUUUUUUCUCUGCCACACAGACCCGAAAGAUUGAGGAUCUUGCACGCAUAUCAUUUAAAGAGAAGCCUAUUUUUAUCAACGUGGAGGAGAAGAGGAAGAGGGUCACGAAUGAAGGGCUGCAGGAAGGCCAUAGCAUCGUACCAGCUUCCAAGAAAUUCAUUCUUCUCUAUGCAUUCUUAAAGAAGAACCUGUCUAAGAAAGUGAUGGUUUUCUUCUCGACAUGCAAAGCUGUCAAAUACUAUUCCGAGCUUCUUAGGUACAUUGGGGUUGACUGCCUUGAUAUUCAUGGAAAACUGAAUCAGUCCCGACGGGACUCGGCACACAGCAGUUUCUCGAAAGCUGACAAAGGCAUCUUGUUAUGUACUGAUGUAGCUGCCCGUGGCCUUGAUAUUCCUGUAGUGGAUUGGGUCGUUCAGUUUGACCCCCCUGCUGAAACUGAGAGUUAUAUCCAUAGGGUUGGUCGCACAGCACGUGGGGAUGGUGCUAAAGGCAAUGCCUUGCUUUUCCUCAUUCCCGAAGAGAUGCAGUAUCUUGGAUAUCUAAAGGCUGCUAACGUACCUAUCAACGAGUAUGAAUUCAAUGAAAAGAAGCUACCGCACUUGCAGCCAGUACUUGAAAAGUUGGUGGCCAACAACUACUAUCUCAACAGGUCAGCUAUUGAAGCAUACAAAGCACACAUUGAAGCAUACAAGGGACGUUCUGAUAAGACCAUCUUUGAUGUCCAUCGACUUGAUAUUCAGGGAGUGGCUGCUGCUUUUGGCCUGUCGUGUCCUCCAAGGGUCAAUUUGGACAUUAGUACUCGGGCGUCCAAGGUUAGGAAGCUGCCAAGGAAACGAAAACAUGCUUUCGACCAUGGGAACCCGUAUGGAAGACAGGACGUGCAGUUUGUCAGAUAUUGA